UAAUAUAUCUAGAGAGAGAAUCCACAUGGAGCAAGUACAUAAGAGAUUUUAACUUGGGGAGUGACAAUUUCAGUAACACAAAUUACAGUCAAAACAGUGGUAUAUAAAAUAUGAAAGUUAUCAGCUUCUUCAGCAGUAUUUUCAAGACUAAAAUUGAGCUACUAUACAUAGAAAAAGUAACAAUCACAAGACAAUGACGUAAUAAAGUCAAGCAUCCACAAGGCAUAAAGCAUUUUACACUUUUAAAAUUAAAAUGUAGAAGAUACAAAAAGCAAGAAAACUCCAGUAUCUUAGUAACUGUAAUACUCAAGGGAACAAGGAGUGGGAGCUCUAGAAAUAUUUUAGAGCUUUUCUUCUUCCUGUUUGACAUUUGAGUACAAUAUCCAUACAAAAACAGGCCCCCGAUCCUAUAAAUUGGUGGGUGUGGGGGAGCCCUUAUGUUUGUAUGGAAGCCCAUUGCAGUCAACAGGGGCUCCGUGCUGGUGUUUGCCUAACAGAUCAGCUUGCAGAACUGGAACUUUACAAUUUUGCUAAGGCAACAUGUGAAUAAGUGGCACAAGAUAGGGGAACAUUAAGAAUACUGAAAAUAAGAAUAAACCCAAAACAAAUAAGCCCCCAACUCCUCCUCAGUUUUCAUUUGAGUAAUCACUUUGAGCUAGUUUAUUCUCUUUUCUAUUAUGGUAAUGUAGGGGGGUGUUGCGUGAAACCAAUGCCACCCAUCCCCCAUGGCUGUAUCAGUGCUCUAUCUGGUUUGUGACCCCCAGGGCAAGGCUGAUACUCCACUUGUGAGCAAGGGGGAAGAGCACUGAAAGACCUAUCUCCACCCUAUCAUAAGUGCCAUUCCACAGAGCUGGCUAGAUACACACAGUGGUGCACCCUACAAAAAGUAGAUUACUCCCCACCAGCUCAACAGUGGAGCACAGGAGAAACUGGGCCUCAGUGAGGUAUUUUUGAUACCCAGUGGUUCCCAGUAUUCUCCUUACAAUCAAGCUUUCCUUUACUUGUAAAAACAAUUCAAAGCACAUUUUCGAAACGUAUAAAUAUUAUGGAUCAUGUAAAGUACCAAUGAUAACAGGGCAAAACACAUCCUGAUUUCAUCAUGAGUUCUGCACCGAGGGCAAGGCUGAAAACCCCAAACCCUGCAAGCUACCAAGUAGACAGACAACAGACCAAGUUAUUUAUUACAGGCUCCCAGCAGGGGGUUGGGAGAAAGCGGGGACAACCUGAACUGUCACACGAGCCACAUGGGCACAAGAGCCCUUCGGGUGUUGAGAGGGAAUAAAUUACCCCCUUUAACGGGUCACGUGCUCUUCGCCGCCGUGUCCUGCCAACAAAGCCACGUAUCGCUGUCCGCAGGGAGCGUCCCCCCAGGGAGCUCCUGUCAGUCGCCACCUCGCCUGCACCCCAAGUCCUCCGGCCCCGCGGGGAGAGGCACAGCUCAGCGCGCCCCGCCCCCGGGGCCACAGGUUUAGAGAAGCAGUGGUCCUUUUCAAGCAACUCGGUUAUGGAAUGGUAUUAUUCAUGCUCUUCAAAGCCAGGUGGAAAUAAAAAGAAGACGACAACAUCUAAGGACGUACAGAAACUGCUUUACUGGCUCCAAUGCUGUUGAUGUGGUGCUGAGCUAUCUUAUGCACAGUAUGUACCUAAGUAGUAAUGAUCUUUCUCGACUGAAGGGAGUCCGUCUCUGCCAGGCUCUAAUGGAUCACAAGGUUUUUGAACCAGUUGGACCAAAACUAUUCAAGAAUGAGAGAGAGCUAGAGUUUGAAGACACAAGUAAUAGUCUUUAUAGAUUUCUGGACAGCCAUCUUUCUCCUCUUUUACUGAAACAGAAAGGAUAUAUUGAGAAGUUGUCCCCUGAGGAAAUACUUGAACUUAAGACGAAAAAACCUCCACGAGCAAAAUGUGAAACAAUUUCAAAUCCCUUAGCACUAGAAGCUGCUGAUAAAAGGAUAGAGGAAUUUCUACAAACUAUAAAUGUACAUCCAUCUUUACCUUUAAAGAACAUAGUUGAUGAACCAGUCUGUCUACUUUCAAAAAAAGUUAUAGAUGAUGUCUGGAAACAACAGACUCUGUUACGGCUACUGCAGUUAAUUGAUCUUCCAGUCCUGGAAAAUAUUUUGGAGUUUCCAGAUAAGAGGAAAAAUGAUCAUCUUGGCAAAGAGGAAGAUCUGAUUAUCUCAAAUACUUUCCUUGACAGAGAGGUCACAUGCAGCCUAAAUUUGCCCGAGCUUGACAAAUGGCUUUGUGCAGCAAUUGAAUGCUUGGAGUAUUUUCCAGACCAGCUAAUAGUGAUGGUUGGUCAGCAGUUACUUCAAAUCAGUAACGAACCAAGUCACUUUAAUAUGCACAAGAAGAUACUUUUUGAUGUGAUAGCAAAAUAUUAUAAUCAAGUGAGAGACCCCCUUUUCAACAAUCAUGAUCUUGAUAUUCAUUCAGGAAUUGUUGAACUUAUAGAGAAUGGAAAAACAGCACAAGCCCUGGAGGCAUCGCAGCUUUACUUAAGAUUACUAGCGCCGAACAUCCGAGAAGAACUGCGUAGGCUACUGAUGUUUAUGGCUGUUGCGUCAGAACCUGAGGGCUACAAGUUACAAAAACAAUUUGAUAAUAGAUCAGUGAUCAUCAAGACUUUUACCAAGGCCAUUUUACAAAAUAAAGGAUUGUCAAAAACACAGACUGAACAGCUAAUCCAGUUACUGAUGAAGAAUCAUACUGAACUCUUCAAGACCCCUUUAAUUCUGUUGGAACUAAUCAGCAAGAAACUUAUGAGCUUGCUGGAAGGACAAGAUCCUGAUGCCAGUUCAGGCUUCACCUUUUGUCAGCGUUUGACUCCUGAAGAAUUUGAAGACCAAAAGCAACAAACAAGGCACCAUCUUCAAGAGUUGAUUCAAGAGAUGGACAGUAAUCCCAUCAUUUCUCUUAAGCAGAAAAAGAAGCUAUUUAAAGAAUUCCAAAAGCAUCAUUCUGUAGCACUAUUGUAGUGAUUUUGAAACUGAAUGUGGUUUUGCACUGUAGCAGAAUGUUUUUAAAUGAGCCUUGUCAAUUAUCAUUUUUAGAAUGCUGACAUGCUUAUGAAGAGGACUCCUUUUCAUAAGCAUUAAUUGUUAAAGGGUUGUAUUGUUUUUCUACAGUAGAUAAGAACGCUGGGCCUCUAUUGCUGCUCUAAGUUUAGGGUCUGGUGACAUUUCUAUUGUGAAAGUUGUCUGGGUUUUAUAGUCUGACUGAAAUUCUGCAUUCAAAGCACUUUUACUCUGACCUAAGUUAGUUAGAAAAUUUUAAAUACCUAGAAUUUUAGUAUGUCAUAAUUUUAGUUUAGUUCUAGGACUUAUCUACAUGGUGAGUUGGUGUGCAUACAGUGCAUUAGGUGAGGAGUAUGUCAAAGUGGACUAUGGAACUUUCAAUGCACCAUAGCAGCAUCCACAUGGAAAAUUAGUGUGCUGUAUGUUCACAUCCUAGCUUGCCACAUGAACAAGCCUCAUGGAUCUGUAGGCCACAGAUAUAACAGUAAGUGUGUGCUGCAGAAAACUGUCUUAGGCUGGUGUACACUAGAGCCCUGCAUGGGACUUUUUUUUUUAAAUCCUGCUCCCGUCCCACCCUGCAAUUCCCACUCCCCCAUUGUUUCUUGCAUUUUUAUCCCACUCCUACCUUAAAACCCACAAGAGAGACAGAUUCCUAUAUUCUACUGGGGGGAAAAAAACCUGUCAAAUAUAUUAUAUAAAAAAAAUGGAAUUCAGCUACAAUUUUACCACCAAAGGAAUAAAACAAAUCUUGCUUAAACCAUGUAAAAAUACUUUAACUCCUGGUAUAAUAAACAUCAAAUCUUUCUAUCCCUCACUUAAAUUUAAGUAUUAAAAGUCUUAAAGUGUUUUCUUGCAAAUUACCACAGUUGUGUGGCUUUUUGUUUUUUUGCUCACCCAGUCUCACCUACAACAAAGCUAUUAUGGCAGCAGGACCCUUGGGAUCCCAGUCCCAGUGCAGGGCUCUGGUCUACACCAUAGAUACAGGGAUGGGCAGGUUUGUGUAGUAAAUGUCUGAUACAGAAAUAUUUGAUUCCUGAGUAUAGCUAUGUAUGUGAUCGUACGUUACCAUAAUGGUUCUUUGAGUAAUUCUUAAAUUAUAUUGUCCUAUUAAGACUUAAAUAAUUGCCUUAACUGAUAUUUAAAGUGUACAUGUACUAGUUAAACACUUUAGUAUGAGGCACUAACUCUUACCUGUGGAAAUGUCUUACACACCCUUAGUGUUAGAUUCUUGUUACCUCAGAUUUUUUAUCAGUUUAACUUUCUUCAGUUAUUUUAGAUUCGGCUAUGGCAGCUGAGUCCUUACUAUUUGAGGCUGCAAACAUAGCCUGAGUAAUAUCUUCUAUGCACAGUUUGUGCUUUGUAAAAUCCUGAGUUAAAAACCUUGCAUAAUGUUGAGUAAAAGUUGAGGAAUGGAUUACUUUAUCUAUGAUCACCUGAAUAGUAGUCUGGGGGGAGGAGGGAGAGUGUAUGUGAGGUAUAGCUUCAGUUCUUUAUCUUCUCUCUACCUGCUACUAUAGUGCUGUGAAACAUCAAUUUUUGGAAAAAAAAUAGGAUUUAGACACAUCAACUUUGAAAUAUACAUUAUAACAAUGGCUAAAAUUUAUGAAGAGACAGCCUAACAUUUUGAGCUGCAGCACACAUGUUUUUGAGGAAAGUUUUGGAACUUGAGUAGACUGCAUAUGUGCACUUUUAAAAUUUUGUUUAUCCUUGAAUUGGUCGAUAUACUGGCAUAAUCUUGCAUUAGGAAUUUAAAAAUUAAGCGUCAAUGUAUCACUGUUAUAAAGAAUUGUAUAAGAGGAUUGGGAAAAAUCUUUUAUAUUAUGACUUAAAUUUCACAUUAAACAAGUUUUAAUGAUUAUCUACUUAAUACUAGUACAAAUAAGCUUCUGUAGAUGAUUAACACCUUUCUAGAAUAGAUGACAAAUUUUAAGGACAGUGUCAAAACAAAGUUGUGAUACUGGAAAAAGCUUACACUGUCAGCUGCCUCAAAUCCAAACCAAUAAGAAGUGUCUACACAUUUGGAAGAGGAGGUGGCACAUCCCACUUACUUAAGGGGCUGACAUACUACACAGUGCAUUAAACUUUCUACAGCAAAAAAAAUCUAGGAAGAGUUGCCAGAGCUGCUCAAGUACAUUGUUUCGAAGACACUUCAAACACUGCACAUUCCAAAAGCACAUUAAGCUAUUUUAAAAAGGGGUUGGAGCAUUUAAGUUGCCAUUUACUUAAAUCGAUUAUAUGAGCAAGAUUACUACUGUAUACUGAAGUGUCUAUAGUUUACUAAUUCAGUAAAACAAUAACGCCAUGAAAUAAAUCUCUUCCCUUAAACUAUUGCAGGGGUUUUCCUUUGCCACUUAAUUUCAAAGGAGUCUGCUUUACCGUGGUAGGAACUUACUGUUUCUACCAAGCAGUUGGUUGAACAAAUCUUAGUAACAUCUUGGCCAAUGAGAAUGUUAUAUUAGUGGGGCCUCAUUUUUCAGAGGUGUUGAGCUCCUACAGCUCCUGUUUACUCUUUUAUAGUACAGUUCUGGUGUUCAGCCUGUGAAACAUCAGGCCCUUACCCACUUGGGUACUUAGCAGAGUCCUACAACAUUUGAGUCAUGUCCUCUAUAAGGGAGGGAAAAGCAGUCUCUCCAUGUUAACCGUGAGGCUUUCUUCUAAGUGAAGUAUGAAGAUGGGUUCUAUUAGGGGAAGGGAGCCUGGCAAAAAAUAAGUUACUACACUUCCACUUUUUCACAGUCAGUUAUAAUUUCAACCAUACACCAGCAUUCAAGGGAAAUAUAUUAGACUUCUAAAAGUGCUUGUUUAUCAACUAUCUUUACCAAUAUUUGUGGCAGCACUACCUAGUUAAGGAAUACUGCCUUUGCAUCUCUUUAUUGAGAAUGUUCUCCCACCAGGGCAGCUACCAAAUAUGUAAAUUAGAAUAAAGUAAUUAUCCCAGAACCA